CGAAGACAGCGAUCUCAACACUUACACUUCCGACGAUAACAAUUAUGGCUGACGCUGCACGAGGACGAGGUGGAUUUGGUCGUGGACGGGGUGACAGAGGCAGGGGUCGCAGAGGGCCCCGUCGCGGAGGUCGCAAAGAUGAAGACAAAGAAUGGGUCCCCGUCACGAAGCUUGGUCGUCUGGUGAAAGAUGGCAAAAUCAAAUCGAUGGAAGAAAUUUACCUUUUCUCCCUGCCCGUCAAAGAAUACCAAAUUAUCGACUUCUUCCUCCCCAAGCUGAAAGACGAAGUCAUGAAAAUCAUGCCUGUUCAAAAGCAAACUCGUGCCGGACAGCGAACCCGUUUCAAAGCUUUCGUAGCGAUUGGGGACUUUGAAGGUCAUGUUGGGCUUGGGGUUAAAUGUGCCAAGGAAGUUGCGACGGCAAUCCGUGGUGCUAUAAUUCUCGCAAAGCUAUCUGUCAUUCCCGUGCGGCGAGGAUAUUGGGGUGCGGCUCUUGGUGAACCCCACACUGUGCCUUCGAAGGUCAGCGGAAAAGUCGGCUCUGUCAUGUGCCGCCUGAUCCCCGCACCCCGUGGAACGGGUAUCGUCGCUGCCCCCGCCUCAAAACGUCUUCUUCAACUUGCUGGAGUGGAGGAUGUCUACACACAAUCCAAGGGUUCAACGGCCACGAUGGGCAACUUCUUGAAAGCCACUUUCGCUGCCAUCACCAAAACCUACGCCUUCUUGACACCCGAUUUAUGGAGGGAAAUCCCCGUGUCGAAACUGCCCUACGACGAACACAGUGCUCAUCUCCAGCUUCUUGGUAAAAAGGCUUAUUAGGUGAUUAUGAGCAUUGAAUUUCCUGUUUUACCCUGUAUCUUUUGAGGCACAUAUGAAAAGAUAAUGGUCCUUAAGCGCUCUGAAC